GAUCCUAAGUCCUGACGUGUUGGUGAAUCGCUGUAUUCCAUCGUUCAUAUGCCGGUCACCUUAAUUGGAAAAGUUUUACUUUAUUCGGUCGUUCAUUCUCUCGCUUUAAGAGGGAUUCUGUUGAAGUUUUGUGUAAUUACUGCAUGUAAAUUAUAUUUUAUAGUUAACUUGAGGAUUUUGCGUUGAGAGUGGAUAUAAAUCGAAGUGCUUUGAGAGUUGUGAAUGAUAUAAGUUCAAAAAACUAGCUUGGAGAUGGCGAUGACGCUAAGUUCUUUGUCACCGUCGAACAUGCUCGGCGAGCUUGGGCGCCUAGCAAGUUGGUUGAAAGGCGACUGUCUGGCGUCUGAAGAGUAUGCUGGGUUGGCAGUCACUGAGAAGUUGGAGAAUGUACAACUAUUGGAUAAAUACAACUUACGAAAUCCAUCAAAGGGCACGCUGUAUUUCGCCACCACUCAUCUUAUUUUCGUCGACCAUGAAAUGAGUAAAGAGACAUGGAUAUUGCUGAUGCAUAUAUCCUCAGUGGAGCGGCUGCCGAUCACGACCACCGGCUCGCCGCUGCUCGUCCGCACAAAGACCUUCCAAUCUGUGUUCUUCGUGAUCCCACGCGAGAGAGAUUGCCACGAGAUGCACCAAACGCUGUUACGUCUUAGUCAACCGGUACACAUAGACGAGUUGUACUGUUUUCACUACAAAUCGUCACCGGACGAGCUACCGAAGUCGGCCGGGUGGAACUUCUUCGACAUACAGACAGAAUAUCAAAGGAUGAAUGUGCCAAACGAGCAUUGGGUGUUAUGUACAGCGAAUAAAGGUUAUGAGCUGUGUGAUACGUACCCCAGUGAGAUCUACGUGCCGGCGAAGGCGACCUCGGCUGUGCUCCUCGGUAGCGCCAGCUUCAGGUCCCGGGGUCGACUCCCGGCGCUAGCUUACUUGCAUCACAACAAAGCCGCUAUAGCACGCUGCAGUCAGCCAUUGAGUGGGUUCUCUGCUAGAUGCAUGGAAGAUGAACAGAUGCUGGACUUAAUCCGACGUUCGAAUCCAAAUUGCGGUUAUAUGUAUGUUGUCGAUACUAGGCCUCGGAUUAAUGCCAUGGUGAACCGAGCAGCUGGCAAAGGUUACGAGAACGAGGCAUUCUACGAGAAUAUCAAGUUCCAGUUCAUGGGUAUUGGCAACAUCCACGUGAUGAGGAAGAGCCUUCAGAAACUAGUCGAAACAUGCGAACAAAACACACCCACUAUGUCGUCAUUUCUCAGUGGUCUGGAGUCGUCUGGUUGGCUCAAGCAUAUCAAAUCGAUAUUGGACACGUCGUGGUGGAUUGCGUGCGCAAUCGACAGCGGUGUAAGCGUGUGCGUGCACUGUAGUGACGGUUGGGACCGCACCGCGCAAGUGUGCUCGCUCGCCGCACUAUGUCUGGAGCCUCACUACCGCACCAUCAACGGGUACCAGGCGUUAAUAGAAAAAGAUUGGCUGUCGUUCGGUCACAAGUUCACGGCGCGGUGCGGGCAUAUCGCGUGCGACGGUCGGGAACGUUCGCCAGUGUUCACACAGUUACUCGACUGCACAUGGCAAUUACUGCGACAGCGGCCCGAGGCAUUCCAGUUCAACGAGAGAUUCCUUCUAACGUUGCAUGACCACGCCCACGCCUGCCAGUACGGCACAUUCAUUGGCAACUGCCAGAAGGACCGACGGGAUCUCAGAUUGUCUGAACGCACAUUUUCACUUUGGGGUUAUAUGGCGAACCACUUAAAUGAAUACAAAAAUCCACUAUACAAUCCAAAGGCCCACCCUGAUGUGCUGAAACCGGACUUAAGUGCACAGAGCAUAAGGUUCUGGCGAGGGAUGUACUAUAUACUCCCGGCCGCCGUCGAGCACUGCUCCGCCCUCGAGCAUCAUAUCAGCUACCUCACCAAGAGGAUAACAACGUUCAAGAAUCUACUAUCAGGAAAAAAGGCGGAGAAGAGUAAAGGCACAACUGUCGUGAACUACCAGAACGGGAAUGUGAACUCUGUGGAGAUAGAGACAAAGACUGAAGCGCUGCAAAUAGAUAACAAAUUACUCUACGAGUCUGGUGGCACUCUAUCCGAGUUGGAGUGCGCGAAUCACGACCACCCGCUUAAGGAGGAUGUCAACGUCCCCCGGAAACCGAACAAGAUACCACUCAUCACGGAGCGCGCGGACGAAAUAAUACCUGUGAGUCUGCCGGAGUUAGAGCGUGAGGUGAACACCGUCGCUCUCGACUGGAAGAGUAUCAAGAGCGUCACCGAAUGUAGCUGUUCCACUCCACUCGACCACUUCAGCAGGAAGCACCACUGUUGGGGCUGCGGCGCGGCGGUGUGCACGCGGUGCGUGAUUGCUCGGGCUCCGCUGGCGGCCCUCGCCGGGCCUCGGGCCGCGCCCCUGUGCGCCGCUUGUGCCGCCGCGCCCUCCACGCCUACCACGCCGGCCACGCCCGCCACUCUCGCUACACUCCCCGCUCCGCAAGACAUCGUGACGUCAGCAAACUAGAAAAUUUAAUAACGUAAACAAAUUUGGACGUAUGGACAAUCAUAAUGCAGAUGUUACCAGAAUUUUGGAAUUCAGUAUAUAGUCUUUUUUAUUUAUUGUUUUACGGCUCUGGAUACAAAUCCUUUCGAACUAACUUUAACAAGCAUACUAAACUCGUCUACAAGAUAGAUUGUAGAUGUUACAAGCAUUUGUAAACACAAUAUAUAGUCUUUUUUAUUUAUUAUGUUUUACGGCUCUGGAUACAAUUUCUUUUGAACUCAACUUUAAGAAGUGCACAAAACUCGUCUACAAGAUAAUGUUCCUAUACCGAAUGAAUGAUACUCGAUUGAAAGACAUUAUUAAUUAUUUUUUAAUUAAAGAAUAAGGAGUGGUGCACAUGACUGCAGUAACGGUACAC